ACGAGUGUGUACAUAUGUACUCCUACAUGGGCUAUAAUGAUCUCCUUUUCUUACUCUACUCAUCAAUGAAGAAAACCUACUCUUUGUACUCAACGUUUCAAAUGGUUUGAGUUUUAUUCAACAACUUCUCUUUCUUGAAAAGGGUGUCAAGAAAAUUUUCAAAAUAUAUAAAUCUUUUUUCUUGUUAGUUGUAUUUGUUCUUGCAUUAUGAAGACUUUUGGGUUCUCUUUUCUGUUCUUGAUUAUGGGGACUGCAGUUUUUUUGUCCUUUAUUUGCUUCAACACUGGAGGAAUGCAUUUCAAAUGGCAAUGCAAUGAUAUGAUAAUGAUGCCCAUAAGGAAUAGAAAGCUGCAGGUAAUUUUACUGCAGGGCAAUGGCUACGGUCCAAGCACCAAUGAGGGCGAUUCAAGCAAUUUCGGUCUGGAAGAUUAUCGACCCAUAGAUCCAGUUCCUAGCUCGAAAGCUUCCGUAAGAGCAGGACCUAUUGAGCACGGUACUCCUCUUAUGCCUUAUAUUCCCAAGCCUUCACCUCCUCCUAUUAGCUCCAAUGAUGGGCUCCCAUAAGCUCAUCUUUAGUCCACUUCGUGGUGCUAAGGUCGCGCAAAUGUAGUUUUUCUUAUGUAGCAACUUCACAAAAACUAUGUCUCGACUAAUUUUGUUGUUUUUCCUGUAUAAAUUUUGUCGAAAUACUCUGUAUUACCAUGGCAUGUAACUUAUAGUACGCCUCUAGGCGAUGCUUGCACAAGUACUCAGUUAUUUAUGUAGUUGAAUUACAUUCA